UGCAAUCCCUGUUUUCUUCUUUUGUCACGCAUCAUUGUUAUAAUCCUUACAGCUCUUCAAGGUGGUGUAAUCAAUUAUUAUCUCAUUUACUAUCAAACCCACAACUGGUAUUCAUGGAUUGCUGGGGAUGUUGCCAUAUUCUUCAGUUUUUUUAUGGCAUUCUUCAUUUCUUACAGAGAGUUAAAAAUAGUUCAUGAUAUCAGAACAACCAACCGUGGUCAGUCCUUCAGAUCUACUGUUGAAGCGGGUAGUUUUCCACUGGUGUACUUUGCAUGGCUGGUUUAUUCUGUGAUCCUUGCUGUGCGGGUUGGUAUCAUCUACAAGGAUCUGGCUUAUGAAAUUAAACCAGGCAUCUUGUUGGGAACAAAUAUGUUGAGGCUUACCAUUGCCAUGUCUGGUGUCAUCUUUUUACUGGUGGUUGCAGCUCAUCAUGACACUCGUCCAGGAACAAUGGCCCGAAAUCAAAUAAACCUCCUUUCAACGAUGGUCCCCUUUGAUAUCAUCGAUGCAGUUGACAUUCUCAGUGUGUUCUUCUUGAAGGAAAAUAGGGAUGCUCUGGAUCCAGUACUGCAGUGGUUUGUAAUCAUCAUGGGAUGUAUUAAUCUUGUACUGCCGGCUGUGCCCCUGAUGAUGCUAAGUGGAAGUCGUUUUGGAUCCAAACCCUUAACCCCGUAUUUGCACAGCUUAAAUAAGCUGAUCCAUAUCUUUGUUAUCAACAUUCCACUUUUUACUGUUAGACUUCUGAUGUGGCUUAAGGAGGACCAAGAGGUGUCACCCCUCAUCAUGAAAAACAUAGUAUUGAUUAUAAUGCUAUCCUUUGAUUUGUAUGAG